GUUAAGCACGUUCCACAGCAGAGCGAAUGCGAAUACGGCGGAGUUUAGACCUGGAGCAAGGAGGGUACUGGUUUGACAGGGACAGAAAGCGUAAGUCGCCCAGGCUUUCUCAUAAUCGACCAAACUCAGAACCGAACGUGACGUUCUUUAGCGGCAGGAAGUUGGAAGUAACUUUGGAGCAACUUUUACUAAACUACCAGACUGGUCAGGGAAUCGACGCCGAUGAAAGCCCAUCCGGUAAUCAUGUGCUCACUCGGAUUAUUGGAGAGUCGGCUCUAACCACACGAGCUGAAAAAAACUUAGAUGCGCCCGGUUUUGGCACAUCGUUCAACGGGCUUGCUUGCUCUGAACCCUUACACUUUCAAUGUGUCAAUUCAAAAACAGCCGGAAAGGACAAUGAUUGGAAUGUCUCACGCUGGACCAUGGAAAAAAAGUUUGGAGAGAACUGUGAAAGAGGUGCAGCUAAGAGCAGGACCCAGUCGGAUGUCGCGUUACCGGUCAGAUCAGUCCCGUUUACAGCGACAAAUGAGACGCAGCCCUCGUCAGAUUUGACUUUACUACUGGAAGACCCUAUUCAUACUUAUGCUAAUAACAGCUUUCCUCUUGAAAGUACUAAUAUGACAAAAACUAACACGAACGUGACAUGUUCUCCCAAAUCGACGUGUCUGAGCGAGCGAAACACCAGUUGUAUAAGGCCCAUGGGGAGCCGCAACCAGGAAUGUUCUCAUUCUCAAGACUCGCAAGAAUGUCCUAUUCAGAGUAGUUCAUCUGUUAGUUACCCAGGAACUAUUCCUCGACUUAUCAUCACCCCAAGUCCUGGUCCUGGACCACAAACUAGUGACAUAGGAGUCGGCAGAGAAUCUCUUGAUCAACACCAAGAUGAGGAGUCCCCCUGCUCGGACAGUGGAUGUGGAGGCUCCCCUGUGCCAUCACUGUCUCUACGAAAACUCUCAAGUUCUUCCUCUACGUGCCUGUCCUCUGCUUCAUCUUUUGAGGAAUCCGAGGACGACCUUACUGGUAGCGACCUCGAACCGAACAGUCUCUCCCCAAGUUCAUACAAUAUGCUGGGCGGCCCAGACGAUGUUACAGGCACAAAGUCGUGGAGGAAGCUGAAGACGAUGGUCCACUGGUCGCCGUUCGUGGUGUCCUUCAAGAAGCGCUACCCCUGGGUACAGCUCGCUGGACAUGCAGGUAGUUUCCAGGCAGGCGAGUACGGGAAGCUGCUGAAGAAGUACUGCGAGUGCGAGCAGCUGUGCCUGGAGGAGCUGAUGAGCGAUGUGCUGCGCCCGUUCGUCCCCGGCUACUACGGGGUGGUGCAGCGGGACGAGCAGGACUACAACCUGAUGGACGACCUGCUGGCCGACUUCGACUCGCCCUCCAUCAUGGACUGCAAGAUGGGCAGCCGCACGUACCUGGAGGAGGAGCUGGUGAAGGCGCGUGAGCGGCCGCGCCUCAGGAAGGACAUGUAUGAGAAGAUGGUGGCGGUGGACCCGUGCGCCCCCAACGAGGAGGAGCACUCCCAGCAGGCCGUGCUCAAGCCGCGCUACAUGCAGUGGAGGGAGACGCUGAGCUCCACGGCCACCCUCGGCUUCCGCAUCGAGGGCAUCAAGAAGGCUGAUGGGACGUGCAACACCAACUUCAAAAAGACCAAAGACCAAGAGCAGGUGAUGAAGGCUCUGGAGGACUUUGUGGAUGGGAACAUGCAGAUUCUAAGAACGUAUCUCCAGAGACUGGAGGAGCUGCGCUCAGUGUUGGAGACGUCAGUGUUCUUCAGGACCCAUGAGGUGGUGGGCAGCUCCCUGCUAUUUGUGCAUGAUGCCUCUGGGCAGGCGCGCGUGUGGAUGAUCGACUUUGGCAAGACCGUGCCGCUUCCCCCGCCCCUCACUCUGGACCACCGCACACCUUGGCAGGAGGGCAACCGCGAGGACGGCUACAUGUGGGGCCUGGACAACCUCAUCCACAUCUUCAGUGCCAUGCUGCCCAGCUCUGCCUCCAAGCCCUGAGGCCGCCCCCCUCCUAGCCCCACCACCACCAUCACCACCUCCUCAGCCAAGGGAGGCUGGUUGGAGAACCUGAUCUCCUAGCUAGAUGAACAGCAACAGGGCAUUACACUGUGGACACUCAGGGGGAAGCAAAUAAGAAGAAACCACGGUAGAGAUGAAGAGACUGGGGGGAAAAAAGGAUGAGUGUGAACUAUUUAAAGGGAUAUGCUUAACCACUUGUGCCUUUCUCCUGGGAAUAUCCUUACGCACACUGCCUAUGAACGAUUUGACACCUAUGUUGGACAUAUAGGUUGACACUCACCCUUCCACUGCCUUCAACAGACACUUUGUGGUGGUUCUCAACUUCUCACCAGCACUGCUCUCUGGUAGUCUGCCCUCUGGUGGGGAGAAGAGGGAACACACUUAAAUGCUCUGGCUGCCUUAGUAGCGACACAAACAGAAGUGACCUUAAGGAGAAGAUGGACAACCUGGAGACCCUUUUGUGAUAUACAGACUCAACCUCUUUUACUUUUUUAUAUUACAGCCGAAUACGCUACAACACUAGUGCACACUGGAUCUUAUCUGGUGUAUUUUUUUUUAAAAAUGUAAAUAAGUUUGUAUUUAAUUUUACUUGCUUAAGAGCAUAUCCUUUUUUAGAUGAGAUUCUGCAGGAAGAAGAAUUUUCAAACAGUUUUACACUAUAGCUGUGGUUUGUCAAGUUUUUCCAUUACCCAAGUGUGAAUCUGAGCUCUGUGUAACUAAGAGAAGUAUCAGGCCUUUACUGGAAGAGGAGACCCUCAAAUGGGGCCUUUUCAGCUCACUGGCGUGGCACAGUCCAGCUGUUCAGGCAGGCGUUUAUUUUCCGCAACACUGCAGGUAACCAGGAAGUUACGGCCAGGUACUAGCGUGUCUGAUGGGAGAGACAGCGUGAAAGAAGCACCACUGUUCAAGAAGAUGAUAUCAGUGCCUGAGAGCUUGCUGCCUUAAUCAUGGUUCAUGAAUGCCUCAGUUAUAAGCCUACUAUGUUAGAUGCUGGUUUGAUUUCUCAGUAGCCUUAGUCGAUAGUCCUUCUUUUGAAAGAGAUGAAAAUCAGCUCAGGUGAAAACGUCAGCUCUGAGGAUCAGAAUGUAUUGACCCAGAACUAAAUCUAAGCUGCAGGACAAGAUGGAACAAAACCUCAAUCAACUAGACAGGGAUCAUCUGCCAUUUUAGAAGCCUCAGAACAAAUUGAAUUAGGGUCUUACAGCAGGUGUAGAUACCUUGGGAGAAGGGUAGUUUGUGGGUAUCAUAUUUAGCUGUACAGGCUACAUUAGGAAACAUUAUUGGUUGAAAUACCAUCUAGGUUUGCAUACUUUGAGCACUCACUGCAUAUUUUUCUGGUUAUUGGUGGAUGUUCUACUAGGCUAAAGUUAUUACCCUCUUAACAUGAAAUUCUUUUAUUUAUUCAGCUAUGCAAUGGUCUUACAGGCUCAAGUCUGGCAUAGAACUCAAGUCUCACUAAAACUGCACUAAUAACUUUAAAACUGGAAUGAACUUCUUUCGGCUGCCAGUGAAAUAUCUGUAUAUGGAAACAGUGGUCCUCCAAAAAUGCAGAGUCGUUUAUAGACUGGAAGGUUUUUCUCAUUGUUCUUUAAUGUGCCAUGAUGCUGGGUAUGUUUUCAGUGCAGUUUGAUCAGUCUGCACUGGCCCUAUGGGAUCUAUUCAUCUAUUCACAAUUCAUUUGUUUGGCUGUCAUUGCAGUUGUGGAACACCACUAACAUAUUUACAGUUCUUUUUUUGUUUAAUGGGACAUGACCUCCUUCAGCAUGCUUGGCAGGGACAGAAGUUUGAAUAUGCUUUAGAUAUUAACAAUGUACACCCCUCACACAGAGUUGAAACUUGUAUUGCAUUGCCAGCUCCAAGUCUUUUCAGAACUUGGUAUAGAUUUAUUUUAUUUUAUUUUUGUAUUUUUCUGCAUUAGUUGGUCUGUCAUGCAGCAUUCCAAUACUUGAAGAUUUCCAUUAACAUUCCUUAAACCAAGUCAAAGGAAUCAAAUCUUACCAUUUCUAUGCUUUGUACUUCUGUUUUCUUUUCCCCUGGAGCUGAUGAUGUAUUGUUUACAGAUGAUGCUAAGUAUUAUAUUUCUUAUGUAUCUUUACUGGUCUUAAUUGCAAUAAGUUGAUUGUAUAUUUUCUAUCAAGAACUAACCACAGACCUAUGCUUUCUUUUUUGACAUUCCUGAAUAUUUUGGUGCAAGUUUAGAAGCUGGUGGUUGGCUGUAUUGAGAUGAUUUGCACAAGUCUCAGUUAAGGACAUACUGAGCCUGGUUCUACUAUCUCUGACUGCCAAUGCAAUAAACUGGAAUUGUAAGCUUU